CGAUUGMUAUCGAUAAAAAUUCGAAUUCUUCGUUACAGAUUCAGCUAGCAUUGCUACCAUGGCGAAGGAUAAGGACAAAGACGCGGCCGCCGUGAAGAUUCAGGCACUUGCCCGUGGCCGCCGAGACCGCAAGAAAGUCGAUGGGCUCCUCCAAGGGCUUAUCGAAAGCCUAAUGGCAUCCAAGGAAGGAAAAAAGAAAUCAGGAAAGAAAUCGAAAUCCAAACCAAAGACCAAGAAAAAGGAAAAGAAGGAGAAAAAGAAGUCGGCUUGGUGCUGCAAAGGCGACGUAAGCGCCGUCGAAGAAGAAAUUAUCGAGGUAGUUGAAAUUGUUACCGUCGUGGAUAGCAAGCCAGAAACAACAYCCAAGGAAUCCACAGCAAAGACCUCUGUACCRGCGMRAGGURCAGCCGCCCCAAAGGYGCSCACGCCAAAGGUUUCCGAAUUCGAUCGCUACAACCAACAACAAAAACAAGAACAGGCCGCCAGAGCGAUGGCGAGGCCACCGGGGCUAAAGCCCACAAAAUCGUGGAGGGAACCACCUUCGGGGGGAAAAGCUGCCCGGCCCGAAUGGAUGGAAAAGGCAAAGUCCUUUCGGGACGCAUCGGAGAAAUCGGCCGCGUCGUCGACGGCGGCGGCCUCCAAGGGUCCGGUCGACCCCAGGAAGCCGCCUCCCCCGAAACCUCAGGGAAAGCACAAGAGCGCCCUCGUGAACCGCUACCUCGAGGCCGCGGCGAGGCAAAACGAGGGCGAGAAAAAGAAUGAGRACGAGGCAUCCAAAAUAAUCGAGACGCGAAACCUGGAAGAAGAGAAGGCCAAAAAGGAAGAAGAGGACGCCAAAAGGGAAGAAGAAGAGAAGGCMAAGGCUGCCGAAAUCGAGGCGGAUCGGGCAAAGAACGCGGGCAAGAAAAAAUGGAAGGGCAAKACGACUGCCUACCAGAACCACCCUCCGAACGUCCCCAAGCCGUGGGAAAAGAAAKCUAAGCAACCGCCGGGUUCGGAAGUCCCGUCCGGGUCCUCCGACGCGGAUGUAGCCGCAAAGCCCCGGGAGCCGGUGCCAGAAGGCGGCGACGCCAAAGACAAGGUGGCUUCUCUCAACGACAAUCUCAUGAACAAAACAUCGGARACGACCACCGGAAMAAUGACGAUGUCGACGCUGUCUCCACCCUCUGGAUAUGACGAGAGCCAGGGGCUACCRCUGUGGUGGAUGCAACUCGUUCCGCACAACACAAACCACAAGGGGAACACUGGGUCCGCCAAGGGAAAGAACAAGGUCAUAUAYAAAAUCGACAAGAAUCAUCCCCCGGCAAAGAGGGCGAAACUUCAGGCCAUUUCGGAGGGCGACGAACCCGAAGCACCCAAAACGACGUCGAACCGAAGUGCUCCGGCGUCUUCGUCUCGUAAGAAAAAGUCCGGGAUUUUUGCCAAGUGGUUCUCUCGCCCCCGCAGGCGCUCGAUGGGGGAAUUCUAACCACAUCGACACCGACCAUCGUCCGGGGAUCUAUUAGGCGCCGAAAGAUGUGGUAGUGUUUUCCUCUCCGGAARCCGUGAUGCCGGCGAGGGCGAUCACACAUGCAGUGCCGUCUGUGAGCAGCAGUAGAAUCAAUGCCACUGAMAAAU